CCUACCCCGCUUCCCUCCGGGUGGCGGCGCUAUCACGAGCGACUGACAGGCGCAACGAAAGGCAGCCCUCUGUCGUCUGGAGAAAAGCGGAGGCCUGGGCUCCCCGCCUCGGGAGGAGGGAACCGAGGGCAGUGCUUGGGGUAGCGGGACUGGGAGGCUCAAGGCGCACAUGGGAGGCGGGGGCCCUGGGUGGAACGAGGGUUACAGGAUGUCAGAGAAAGAUGCCUGCCGGGAAGAGGCGGGCUAAAGUCUGGAUACCACCACCGACCUUAAGACACGUGGGAGACGGGGGUGAGGCUGGUGUCAAAGCUCAAGGGUUCUGUGCCCCGAGUUCAGGGAGGUAGUUUGAUGUAGGAGACCACAGGUCUCAAUCAGGUGAGAAGGCUCUAAGGGGUGUCACCUAUCUAGGGAGUCGAAUCUUUAGGGAGGGUCGAAGCUUCCCUAGGGAACAGCUCCAUCGGGUUAGAGUUCAAGAGGAUGGCAUCUUAUGGGGGCAAGGAGAGCCUGUCAGAGGUCACGAGAUUAGCGGGCCCUGUAAUGCUGUCAGUAGAUGUGCGACUUCACUCGAUUUACUAUUCUGUCCUGCGUGCUACUGUCUUGACCAGAGGGAUCCCAGUCACUAUGGAGGACCCGCGUCCUGAAGGGAACAUGGAGCCCCAGGAUUCGUCUAAGGAGAGAAGUCCCCGCAGUCCAGGAGGCGACAUCUGCCACCUGGGGGCCCCGCAGUGCACCCGCUGCCUCAUCACCUUCGCCGAUUCCAAGUUCCAGGAGCGUCACAUGAAGCGGGAGCACCCAGCGGAUUUCGUGGCCCAGAAGCUGCAGGGGGCCCUCUUCAUCUGCUUCACCUGCGCCCGCUCCUUCCCCUCCUCCAAGGCCCUGAUCGCCCAUCAGCGUAGCCACGGUCCAGCCGCAAGGCCCUCCACGCCAGUGGCGCCCACCACGGCCCAGCCUACAUUCCCCUGCCCUGACUGUGGCAAGACCUUUGGGCAGGCUGCUUCUCUGAGGCGGCACCGCCAGGCGCAUGAGAUCCAAACCCCUCCUGGCCCUUUUGCCUGCACUGAGUGUGGUCAGGACUUUGCCCAGGAAGCUGGGCUGCAUCAACACUAUAUCCGGCAUGCUCGGGGAGAGCUCUGAUUGAGGGCUAAGCCCUCCCUAGGACAGUGCGGGGGGGGGGGUUCAUUGGCUGCUAGAACCCACCUCUGAUACAGGAUGGGGGCCUUGGAAGGAUUGCUUUCCCUCCCUGGACAGGCAAAGGACUCCUGAUGCGUAGGACCCAGAAGAUGCUCAUCUACAGCUUCAGUCUUUGGAGGACACAAAGGCCUUCAGGGAUAUAGUGGAAUUAAUGAAAUCUUAUGUUUAAAAAAAAGAAGCCAAAAGGAAAAGUGUUAUUUGUAUCUCCCGCAUUCCCAAUUAAAUAGUUUGAAACCACAA